ACAGUGUUUUAUAUUACGUAAGGCACAUAAUUAUGAAUUAAAGAAAAUCGAGCAAUGAUAUCGGUGUAUUGGAUUCUCGGUGUUUGAAAUCUACUGGUAAACAUUCAUGGAAUUGUUUUAUCUUAAGGCAGUCCUUUUACGAUAAAAGCAAUCGAAGUUGAAAGCCACUCAGAUAGUGAGGCAAGUCGAUUUAAACUAAUGACAUAAACGAACAUGACGCUACAACUACAACAAGACUUGUGAUUGUGUCAAACUUAACAAGAACGGAUGCCAUAAAAAGCAAAAGAAAAAGGACUAAAUUUUCUUUUAAAGUCAUCUUGAUUGAACAUAAUAAUUGACUUUUUUAGUGGAAAUGAUAAAAGAACAAUUACAAACCCAGACGUAUUGAUGAACAAAAGAGAAAAUACAUGACCAUUAGAACAGGCUCGUCACUGUUUAUGUCAAAAUGGUACCAUCGUUGUGGCAUAGAAACAUGAAUUGAAAAGGCUGUGGUUUUGAAGCGACGUUUUACGUUAAGCGCCAAAUCCUAUUUAUAUGAUUUGAUUCGAGAGAUUGCUUUACGUUAAAUCCAUUCCAACGCCAUAAUGACGGCUGCGGUUCACCAAAGUACAUAUGCCGGACAGUAUGCGAGUCGGAUAAUGCGGAUAAAGAAGAUGGAUUCCGGAAACAAGUUACGUCUGCGCACCCUGCACGCGCAGCUGGGCACUCUCCUCGUGCAACGCAAGGCCCUUAACUCCAAGGUGACCACGAGACACUUUGAGCUUCUGCGAGAGGCAGUUGAUGACGACGCCGACCCCUACGAGAUCAAAUCCCGGCUGACCAGACUUGAGCAGUCCCUUAAACAGGAAGGUCUCUACAAGAACGUCAAAGCAGACUUCGUGCAUUUACGGAAAGAUAUUCUUGGGCUUCUUCAGUGGACGCCCGCAGACGCCGCUCAGUACCAGCAGAAGAACACUCUCCCCGGCAUCCAUACCGUUGGGCCCAAGGAUCGAACCUUCUACGUGGCCACAAAGGGCGAGGACCACGCAGCCGCUUCCGGUGCAACACAAACAUCAAAGAUAGGUUCAUCAUCAAGUCUUUCUUCAGACGAUCUCCGAAUUCUCAAUUCUGCAAUUGGAAAACUUUACCGACAUUUGCAACUAGCUCAAAAGGAACAGGAAAUGACGUCAGUGGAAAUGACAAUUAAAGACGCCACCCAACAGAAAGAGAAUAUGAACGUUUUGACUCUUUCUCAUGUGCAACCGGAUGAAUCGUUUCACGACAUUGUGCUCAAAAUAAGAAACUUUGAAAAGGAAUUUCAGCGACAGAAGGUUCAGCAACUACGGGAGUUUAAACGGUUACAGGAGGAAAUCAAACGCCUCAACAAGAUUUCUGUGGACCUCAAGAAAGAAAAUGAACGAAUGAAGGGUGUUCAACCGAUCAUGUCCAUAGCAAAAGGAAAACAAGUAGAGCGACUGGAAGAGAGACACAGAACAGAAAAGAAAGACAUGGAGGAGAAAAUACACGAACUUGAGACCGGCAUGAGGAGGGGCUUUGCUCAGCUUCUUCACGGUAAGGAGGAAAUCCGAUCCCAAAUCCGAACUGACGUGGACGAUCUCACGACAUCCAUCAAUCACCUUCAUCACCUCGUGCUUGGCCACAAGUUUGACGUCACUUCCGUAAAAUCCGGCGCCGACGACGACGAGCUGCUGCCGACAAAGGAGCUCCUGAACAUGCUCACGAGCGUCGCCGGUGGGGUGCAGGUGCUCAAAAUGAAGGCAACGGAACAAACUAAAAAGGUGGAAGACUUGAUGACGUGGCGCCGCUGCCUCAAGGAAGUGGACCGCGAGAUCACGCGCUUCUCGCGAGCGUAUGCCGCCGACGCCGACGAGGACACUGACGUCAAGGACCCGACGCUGAUCAACCAAGAAACGGACCCGUACAUCAUCCUGGCGUCCAGCAAGAACAAGCUGCAGAAGACGAAAGAAAACAUCAGCAUUAAGCUGAAAAUGCAUUCAGAUACAGCCAGUUUGAUGAAACGGAAGGAGCGCGACGCCAGCAAGUACCGGCAGAGUCUGGAGGAAUUACAAGGGGAGAUCAUCAAGCUACACGAGCAGGUGCUCGCCGUGCAGAUCCAGGACAUCUCCAUCUCUAAACCGGAGUUCGAGCGCCGCGCAGAGGCCGGCGACAAGUCCGACAGAUCCGACGGGUCCGCCGACGAGCUCCCGGAAGCGGAGCGGCAAGAGCAGAUGGACCUGAUCGACAAGCUGCGGCAGAUAGGCACCAUGGUGAACCACUUUCAGCAAUUGAUUAUCGACCGGACCAGUGUUCUGAACAAGAUGGAGAACGACAUGCUUCCGCUGAAAAUCCGCGUGAACCGUUUGCACGAGGAGAUCACGAAAACGAUGACGUCAUCAGAUUCGCCUGACCCAGCAGACGACAUAAUGCGCACGCGACGUUCGUUCUCUCCCGCGGAUGCGAGUUCAAGCGUGAUUUCAAAAGAGAUCGCGAACAUGCUCACCAAACUAUCGAAAAUGGAACUUUCCAUACGACAUUUACUGGACACCUAUUCGGCAAAUCUCGAUCGAGUGUCCGUUUAAUGUGAAGUGAAAACUUUCUUUAUUACAUUCAAACAUUCUUCUACGCUUUCCAUUUUUCAAUAUACAUUCACUGUGUGUUUGUUUUUGUUACAACUAAAUGAAAGAAAUGAAUGUUUAGAAAGUUGUGAAACACUUUUCAUCGCUUUUUGGCCUGUUUUCAAAACACAGGAAUGUACGGGCGUUUUUAUUCAAUCAUUGAACAUGUGAACGACAACGUAAAUUUCACAUUAUUUUCAUAUAUUUGAUCAACUUAACAAUAUGAAAUUUAUGAUAUCAACUUUACAUGUGAUAACCGUGUGAUAUUUUUUUACGUAAAUAUGUUCGUGUUUUUUUUUAAAUAAAUAUUUGUUAUCAGAUUUGUACUAUUUGCCAUCUGAUUUUUUAUAUGGUUUUAUGAGUCCACGACUGUGCCUGUGUGAUUUUCUUUGCGUGUUGUUUUUUCAGUGACGCCAUACGUCUUGUACCGUGAUGUUAUUGUUUGUGUCGUCUUCACGACAAAUCAUGUUAUCGAAAUUUCAUGAAGCAUCAAUAAUAAACGUGUUUUUUUUUCAAGUA